UCUGGGGCGGCGACCGGACGACCCUUACUUUUUCCUUGCCAGGACUUUUCCAGUUGGUCCCCCGGAUGGCCGUGGACGCGUCCGCAGUGGAUUGGGUGGAUGGCCUGUCGCCCUCCACUAUGACGUAGUGCUCUGUAGGGCUGGCAGGGAGCAUUACUUCACCAGUGCCUGCAGCGUUCUCGGCUUCCUCUUUCCAACUUAUUCCUCCGUCUGGGCCAUCGCGCAAUUCAUUUGAUUUUCGCAUUUUCAACCCUUUUCAACACCGUCUUUUCAAUUGCCUCCCCUGGGCGCUCCCAACCGCCCUGUGAGAGUUUCCCCGUCGCCCUGUCGAAGCUGCCACAGGAUGGGAGCGUCGUUUAUACCUUAACAUUUUCGUCAUCCUCAUAUCGUGCCGACCCCCUGUCAUUCCCACCGUAUAUCGCAUAUCGAAAUCUCGCAUAAUUCCCGAAGACCAUGCCCCCUCAUCCCAAUGGGACCGAGUCCCCCCGACAGCAUCGCAUUGGCGAGCACUGGAGCGGACAUAACCCCGUGCCGACCAUUCAUAAGUUCCUAGAGCAUCUUGAGAAAGACAAGCAAGAUCGGAAAGCGCACGAGGAGAUACUGACUGCCCGGGAGAAAGAGGAACAGGAGCAGAAAAAGGCUAGAGAGAAGGAAGGGAAAUCGGAAGACCGUGGAGAUGUCGUGCCUCAUCGGCCACGGAAAGUGCCCAAGGGCAAGACUAGGAUGGUGACGGAUCCGACCACGGGACGAGAGAUUGAGGUGGAAGACCAGGAUGAAGAUUCUAUGGAUACCGUGAAGGAUCCGAUGCUGGUGGUGCCCAAUGCAAACCUUGGAAAGCCAACGGAGGCCAAAACCGAUGCCAACCAGAGUUUAGCCGAUUACAAGGAGAACCAAGAUAUCACCGCACCGCCCGAUCCCAUUGCAGAGGGAACCACCUCCGAUGUCCCUAUCCACGGGGAGAGAACAAACGUUCUCUUCCAUCCUACGCCCACCGUAUCCUACAAACCCAUGUACGAUCAUCUGCAUAGACGGGGAACUACUCUGUGUAUUGGAAUUGUGGCGGGGAUCAUCUUUGUAGGACGGAUGUUUGGUACCUCGUUGUGGGGCCUGAUCCCCCUGUCUGCCGUUAUUGCAAGCGGCGUUUGGCUGUGGGUGGAAGAAGUAGUCAGGAGUGGUCGUGAGAUGGAAUGGAGCAGCGAGCAACUUCGAGGUCAAAUGGCGACGGCAAAUCUUCUGCCAGAGUCAGUCGAGUGGAUGAACAGCUUCCUUGGUAUUGUCUGGGGUCUGGUCAACCCAGAGAUGCUAUCGCCCGUUGCCGACACCAUCGAAGAUAUCAUGCAAGCAUCUGCGCCAGGCGUAGUCGAGAAUGUUCGCAUCGCGGAGAUUGACCAGGGAAACAACCCCAUACGGAUUCUGAGUCUACGAGCGCUUCCGGACGAGCAUGUGCAAAACCUCAAGGAAAACAUCCACGAGGAGAACGUCAAAAAUAAAGAUCCCCAAGAAGCGGCCGCCAUAGAGGAGGGCGGCAGCCACUACAACAUUGAGAUCUCUUUCGCGUACCACGCCAAACCGAGCGGUCAAACAGCAUCGUCUAAAGCACGCAAUAUGCACAUGCAGCUGGUCUUCUACCUGGGAAUGAAGGGUCUUUUUGGUGUCCCUUUCCCCGUCUUUGUCGAGCUCAUCGAGAUGGUGGGCACCGUGCGCGUGCGGCUUCAGAUGAUGCCGGAGGCCCCGUUCAUGAAGGACAUGACGUUCAGUCUAGUUGGAAUUCCUCACAUCAAGGCUGGCUGUAUGCCAAUGGUCAAGGGAGGUGUCAAUAUUCUGAAUCUCCCUCUGAUCUCUAACUUCGUGAACUACGCCAUUGGAACGGCGUGCAGUCUGUUUGCGGCCCCCAAAUCGAUGACCAUGGAUCUUAGCAUGAUGCUGAAGGGAGAUGACAUUCUCAAAGAGACACAGGCUCUGGGUAUCAUGUGGGUUCGGAUCCAUCGUGCGGUUGGACUAAGCAAGCAGGACCGACGUGGCAGCUAUGGCGGCGGCAGUGACCCCUAUAUCAACCUUUCGUUCUCAAAAUAUGGCAAGCCCAUGUAUUGCACUCGGGUUAUUACGGAUGACCUGAAUCCCGUUUGGGAAGAGACGGCCGCGUUGCUGGUAACCCCUGAGCUGAUCAAGGCAGACGAAAGCCUCAGCGUUGAGCUCUGGGACUCCGAUCGCAACACUGCCGAUGAUAUAGUUGGCAAGGUCGAACUGCCGAUCCGAGAAAUGAUCCAGCACCCGGGUCGCAUGUAUCCGCAGGUCUCGAAGUUGCAAGGCCUCAGCGAGGGCAGUGAGAUGCCUGGUGAACUGCACUGGGAAGUUGGGUUCUUUGGGAAACCGAAGUUGCGACCAGAAUUGCGGACCGACGGCAAGAAGAAGGAUCUUCCCGAUAACUUCAAAGAUAUUCCUGAGUUCCAAGACGAGAAGGGCAUCAUCACCAACGAGGAGGAAGACCUCAUUGUCCACACGCCUCCCGAUCCACUUUGGCCUAGUGGAGUCGUGAGCAUCGUGGUCCACCAGAUUGUCAACCUCCAGCUUGCCAAUAUCAAGGGAAGCCAAUUCCGAAGUGGAAGGGAAUACGAACCAGCCAAGCCGUAUGGAGAGAAUACCGAAGAGCAAGGCAAGGAUUUGCCAACCAGCUACUGCAAGAUCGUUCUAAACGAUCAAUUGAUUUACCGCACUCGAGCGAAGGCUGUUAGUUCCAAACCCAUCUUUAACGCCGGAACUGAAAGAUUUGUGCGCGACUGGCGAUCGGCCAUCGUUACCGUCACCGUCCGAGACCAAAGAUAUCGUGAACAUGAUCCAAUCCUGGGAGUCGUUCCGUUGAAGCUCUCCGACCUCUUACAAACCAGCUCGCAAGUCACCCGAUGGUAUCCUCUAGAUGGCGGCAUUGGGUUUGGACGAAUCCGAAUCUCUAUUCUCUUCCGGCACGUCGAGACUAAGCUUCCUCCCAACAUGCUGGGAUGGGAUGUCGGAACAUUCGAGUUCGCUUCGGACAAGGUGACUGCGCGUGGAGUCCACCAGCGAUCCAAGAUCAGGCUGCGCACCGGCGGUAGCAGCGGCAAAAUCACUCGACAUGUGUGCUCGAUUAACGGGCAGGAUACUGUCUGGGAUCUGAACGCCAUUCGGGGCAACGUCCUUCUUCCCGUCAAACACCGGUAUCGCUCGCCGCUGGUCUUUGAAUUUCACUCGCAAGGCAAGCACCACGCCACCGGGUACGCAGUUCUAUGGCUCCAGCACUUGGUGGACAACGAGGACAUACCCAUUGACAUCCCGAUCUGGGCAACGAAAAAUGGCAAGCGCCUGACCCAGAACUAUAUCACCGAGGACAACUGGGAGAGUAAACGCGAACCGGGACUUGAGGACAUGCGCGAGAUCGGCCGGCUCCAGCUCACCGGUCGGUUCAAGCCGGGUAUUGACGAGUCGCACGAACAUUUCGUCGUGGACAACCAUUCCCGUGAGACUUUCGAGACAUGGGAGGCUUGCAUUGCCGAGGGUGUGCGCACCCGUGGCGUCUCCAUCGAGGUGCCCGAGGAGGUUGAGCGCAUGCACGAACAAUCCUUGGUCAACGGCCGCGACGUUCUCAAGCACGCCGACUCUCGAGAACGCCGACAAUGGCUUGACAAGCAGGGCCAGGACUGGAGCGGUGCAUUUGGUCACGACCCUCGCGCCUACCUCAGUGAUGACGGCAAGAAGAUCGCCGAACCAGGACGCGACGAUCCGCCGCUCCAUCCGACCAACCCUCCGCCCGCCGACAUCGAACAUACCCGGGUCGGAAGCGAUAGCACCUCUGGCGAGUUCGAGGACGAGCACCGGCCCUCUCACGAGCCCCAGCAAUCCUCCACCGACAGCCACAGUCGUCCCUCGACCGGUCAAUCGACCCAGACCGACCCCUCGUCUACGGGGCAGACCAGCUCCGGCAAGCCGUCCACCGAGGAAAGCGAGGCCGGUCCUAGCGAGGGACAAAGCAACAAGGCGAACCGACGCAGUGAGCAGCGCCAGCAGCGAGGGCUGAUGCAGUGGAAGCCCGCGCGUAACGUGGUGUUCGCACGAGACGAGGCCAAGUUCGCGAUGCGCAAGGUGCGGAAGCGCUUCACGGGGGAUCUAACGGGACGCGAGCCUGAUAUCGAGACUGAAACUGGGACCUGAUUGAUUGAUUUAUUGAGGGAAUUGCCGUUUCUGCUUUGUAUAGCUGGGAGUCCUGGUGUUUCGUUACUGUCGAUGAGUCUCUAUGUAUGUAUAUCAUAUUUUGAAUAAUGAAUCCACGACAUAAAAUU